CAAUGCCAUUGGUGCAUAUGGUGGCUCUUACUGUAUCUAUCGAGCAUUGGCAGUUGCUAUGGAUGCACUUGAUCCCGCACAUCGCCCUGAUUUUCAAAAUACAGAACCAACAAUCGCGAUAGGUCCUCAUCCCCAAUGGGGAAUGCCCGACAAAAUUGUCUCAUUUGACCCUUUUGGCCAUCUUACUACUUCCUUGUUUAGUAGUCAAAUUGCACAGGGACUAGAUAUUCGUCCUACAAUUGCAAUAACAAAAGCACACAUGAAAGUACCUGAAAUUGAAAACCUUGUAAAGGAAGGAAAGUUAAAAGUUGACGGAAAUAUUGUGCUAAAUGUUACUGGUGAAUUGAAUGUUGUGAAAGCUGCUGUUGAGCCCGUUUGGUAUCUACCUGGUGUCGCAUCAAGAUUUGGUAUCGAUGAAGGAGCUUUACGUCGUGCACUUUUUGAAGAUACUGGUGGCAUGUAUCCAGAAUUGAUCACUCGUCCGGACCUUAAAGUCUUUUUGCCUCCCAUAGGUGGACUAUCUGUGUAUAUAUUUGGUAACCCUGCUUUCGUUAGCGAUCCAUCAAAGAAGUUAACGGUACGAGUUCACGAUGAAUGUAAUGGCUCUGACGUGUUUGGAUCGGACAUUUGUACAUGUAGACCAUAUUUGAUAUAUGGUAUGGAAGAAAGUGUUAAAGAAGCUCAGAACGGUGGUGCCGAGGGUCGUGCACUUGGUGAAGUAAUCAAAUAUCUUGUAUAUAAUGCGCGUAAACGUUCAACUGGUGGUGAUACAGCAGAUAAUUACUUUAUACGUACUGAAAAUGUUGCUGGUGUUAAAGAUAUGCGAUUUCAAGCUUUAAUGCCGGAUGUUCUACAUUGGCUUGGCAUUACAAAGAUUGACAGAAUGAUGUCAAUGUCUAACAUGAAAUAUGAUGCCAUCGUUGGAUCUGGAAUACCUAUUCUUGAACGUGUACCAAUUCCAGAUGAAUUGAUUCCAGUUGAUUCUCGGUUUGUAUCAUAA